AUGAUAAGUAAGUCGUUAAAUGAAGAAAUACAUCAAGGACAAUCAGUUGUAAGCGACGCUGUUAAUAAUGAUUCUUAUUCCAUAAUUAUACUGGACAAUGGGUCUUACUCAAUCAAAGCAGGGUUUGUAAAUCAAAUUGCUCCUACCCAUAUUUUUCAAAACUGCGCUGUGCAAACUUUUGGACGUCGUGACGCGAGAGAUCAUUUCUUACAAAAUACAACUUCUCUUGGCAAUACAGUGCAACAAGGAAACGUUAAUCUGCCAACAUCUCAUGCACGACAUAACAAUUUAUUCCUUGGUGACGAUAUUUAUACUGUCCCCGAAUUUCUUUGUCAGCGUCCUUUUGAUCAUGGGUUACUUGUCAAUGGAGAUUUGGAAGUUUCUAUAUGGGAUAAAAUGUUUUCAAAACAGUAUUUAAAUAUUUCUGAUUAUUCAUCACAUGGUAUACUCGUUACAGAACACUUUAAUUCUCCAACAACAUGUCGCUACACUCUUACCGAAAUUAUAUUUGAGGAAUUUGGAUUUGAUCGGGUAGUCAUUUCUCCAGGACAACAAUUAGUUCCUUUUUCUUUUAACUCGGGCCUGGAACCUAUUCCAAUAUCACUGGCUGAUACACAAGAAGGCUUUUUUACUAUAAAACAAAAACCUAAACGGAAAGUAGGAGGUUCUGGUUUUAAAAAUUUGAAAUCUUGGAAGAUCGGAGAUGUGUCAAGUGAGACAACAGAAAGGCCCCCUUGCCAAAUAGUGGUUGACGUAGGGCACCAAACCACGUGGAUUGUACCAUUGUUCAAUGAAAUACCUUUGGAAACAGCUGUUAUGCGAAUAGAUUUAGGCGGUGCUAAUGUGUCGUCUUUACUGCGUCAAUUUCUUUCUUACCGUCAGAUUGAUUUAGAACGCAAUGAACUAUUGAUUCAUCAUAUAAAAGAAGAAGGAUGCUUUGUUUCUCUUAAUUAUUUGGAAGAUCUUCGGUUAGCAAACCGCAUUUUUUCUAAGAGCUUAUCGUCCAAUAUCGAAACUGUUACUCAUUUAACUCAUCAAUAUUAUCUCUUUAAUCUUAAUCAAAAAGAGAAAUCAUCGCUAAAACGUUUAUUUAAAAGUGUUCGUGCAGCACGAAUUCCUCACUAUCAACUAAAUGAAAAUGAUACAAAUUCACCCUUAUUUUCACCGGUUGAAACGUUGGCAACGUCGUUUUCUGAUCUUUUGUCUUCAAAUCAAAAUGAUGUAGAACCUGAGAAAGAAGUUAACCACAAUACAAGUAGAUCAGAAUCUUCAUGGUAUUCUUCUGAUAAACCACCCGUCGUUUAUAUGAACAUCGAGCGUAUAAAACCACCUGAACUAUUAUUUUAUCCUUCUGAUUACCAACUGUCAUUUCCUGCUGUACGUAACACAUCAAAUGCAUCGAUCCGUGCAACAUUAACGAGUAAAAAGUCAACUGUUGCUGCCAUUGACCCACAUAAGUUGAUAAAUAACACGUAUGAGCCAUUCACUCCAGAAAAACAAUGUGGUAUUGCAACUGCUAUAAAACGAGCGAUACUCGCCUGUCCAUCUGUAACACAGCCCUAUAUGGCGCAACGGAUUCUUUUAUGCGGAGGGUCUUCUUGUUUUACUAAUUUUUCUCGUCGACUAUAUACAGAGUUACGUUCCAUUUUGCCCGAGCAAUGGCCUAUUUGCAUUUAUCAACAAGAAUCUCCUUCCAUAACACCUUGGAUAGGAGGGAGCAUUUGGGCCGGCAUACAGGACUCAUCCAAUUACUUCACGUUUGCUCUCACAAGAUCUCAGUAUUUUGAAACGGGCUGACAACCUUAACACUCUUAUUUAUUCAGUCAGGAUCUAUUCAAAAAUCUGCAACAGGUAACAUGAUGAAUUCCCUUGCUUAGUACUAGGCGAAAACUAAUUAUACAUGAUUCUACUAAAUAUAAUUAUUUUUAAGAUUAUUCGCAAUCAAUUACUUUCUUAACUUAAAAAACUUCUUGUCAAUGUUCAAAGUCACUUGUUUCUGCUUUAAAAAAAUAUUGUUCAGCUACUACGUCUAAUUGACAUACGAAAGUGUAAUUGCUAGUGUAAUGUAAAAAUAUAAUAACAUAAAUUAUAGGGUUCUUAUGCUUUUGUUCUUUAUUGCAAAAACAUUAUACACAGACUUCAAUCUCAAAAUAAACUCUAUUUGCGCUAGAACAUAAAAUACCGUCUUGUUAUUCUCUGCUUUCAAAAAAAAUUUUGUCUAAUAUUUUUCCGAAAUGAGUUACAUUGCCACUCAAAGAUUAAAAAAAAAACGGAUUUGAUGCUUUUUUUCAAAGCUUCCUUUUCUUGCAUAAAUAUAAUAUUUGAUAAUCUUACAUUUUUUAAUUACAACUUCAAGGGUUGCUUA